CUUCUCUUUCUCAAACUGGACAUCUCGCAACUGCAUCUCUUCCUCCUUGUUGUUGCUCCAUCCAGCCACUACUGUCUCCCAAUCCUGCUACACUCAGUCCAUAGUGGCAACUACAGCUUUCAUGUUGAACCCGUCAGUGGCUGCAACGUUUGCCGGGGGAAACAACUACCACAGGGGUAACUCCGCUGCACCUCUCAACAUGCUCUCCCAUCCGCCCUCCAGACUUUCUCCGCCUCCAGGGGCGGAUAUAUACGGCGUGACAGCAUCUUCAUCAAGUCAACAACUGCCAGUGGCAGGUUCUUCCGCUACGUAUCCCACACAGCUGCCUCAAACAGCCGCACCGCUCACGGAUACGAAGAAGCAAGGCCAGAACCUUCCUAAACGAGGUUACCGGGCAUGUACCAACUGUCGACUCAGAAAAGCUCGUUGCGACCUUGGGGAUGUAAACUCCCCGUCAGAACCUCCCUGCUCGCGUUGUCGAAGGGAGCAGCGUGACUGUGUGUUUCUUCCUAGCAAACGGCGUCGCAGAACAUCUGUAGCUGACCCUGCUUUACGGGAAGAAUCUUUGGAUCUUCCACAGACUGAAAUCUAUCCUGUCCAAGCAGCAGCAAGGCCAUCAAGUGCCAAUGCACAUUCAGGCGGGGCUCAAGGGGCUCCCAGCGUGUCUCAGUCUCUCAGUCAACAAGGUCCCCCUCUUGCCUCUGCCUCAUCCGUCAAUUCUUCUUUCCCCCAGCUUCCUAAGCCGGCGGCCAAUAAGGAUGAUUCCUCCAGCAGGAUGCCCUUCACUCAAACCGGAAUCUGGAACGAGACAGUGCAACAACCCACCAGUACUGAAGAUCAAGGUAAACAACAGGUGUUUCCUUCUUCUGCUACAUAUCCGACCAUGCAUUCCGUGGGCUCAACUCAACAUCACACUGACACCACUACUCCAGGCUCAUUGGGCGGAUCAUCUGCCGCUUCAACCACCGCUUUGUCACCACAGUAUCGCACCAAAAAACGGAAAACUGAGCCCAGCAAUCGAAAGAUUGUCAACGCCAACUUGAGCAACGAGAUGGAUGCUUUGGAGAUCCUGGCGAAUGCUGCAACUGAUGGGGAUGAUGAGGGAGAAGAUGGUAAAAGGAAACAGCCACACGAUCCGAAGAAGGUCACCUGGAAUGUUGGAGAGCAAUACAAAGCGCCUAUGAGGGAGUUGAGCGAUUUUCAUUUGAUAAAAGCUGGCAUUUUAGACGAACAUGGUCUUCAUGCCAUGGUAGACAACUUCUUUCGGUACUAUCACCCAGCACUUCCUAUCUUCCAAACAGCCCGUAUCCCGAGGUGCAGGGAACAACUACUCGAUCUCGCUCACAAUGAUAGUUUCCUUCUUACUUGUAUAGUCGCUGUCGCGUCUAGACAUCCGUCUGAUAAUCGAUACAAAGAUGUUCAUGACAAAACAUGGGCAGUGAUUAGAGACGCCAUGAGCGAUUAUUCUUUCACCGGUCUACCUGGAUCGGUUGGUUUUGUAGAGGGAGUGCUUCUUCUUGCAGAACACCUCCCUAGAGAAAGGGGAACACCCCCACGAGGAACAAGUGUAGAUAUGCUUGCCGGACCUGGGACUGAGUCGGCUGGAGUGCAUGGCACAGACAACAGGAGAAGCUGGUCUUUGAUCGGCUUGGCCAUUCGUGCGGCAUAUCUCCUGGGGUUGGACCAAAUUUCGUUGGAGAUUGACGAAUCCAGUCGUACUCCUGAUGUAGAGCGAGCUAGAAGUGUUUGGACCUGGUGUUAUUUAUAUGAUCGAACGAUAGGUCUUCGAACAGGUCUCGCUUUCUGGUCUAGAGGUCCUGCUCUGUGUUUUGUGGGCUAUUCUCACAUAUCACAAACGGGAGAGGUAGCUGCCAGACUCAACUUCCCUCUGCAAUUAUCUCCUGGGGCAGAGCUAGAUGGGAGAGCUCAUGAUGACUCGGCAUCGCUUAUGCAAUCCCUUGUGGAGCUCACUCAAGUGAUGACCAACGCCCAUGACAUCCUGUAUCCAAGCAAGCUUAGAACAGAAGUGUUGGUCAAACAGGGAGAGUACUUCUUGUUCUUGGACCAUUUCAGGCGAGCUCUUGACAGCUACCGUACUAUCUGGAAACCCAAACAAUGGUCGAAUCGUACUCUUGAAGAGUUAAGCUGGAUGACAUUUCAUUACGUUAGAUUGUACAUUUCUUCAUUUGGAUAUUCGGCACAUAUAAAGAGAGCUCAAUGGCGUGGAGAUAAGGAGGCUUCGACCGGUCGAGAUGGCUCUCGACAGGCAGUGCAGAUAUUUCCUCGAGGCUCUGCAACGUCCCCCGAUGCUCUUUACAUCUAUGAUUCCAUUGCAGCUGCCAACGAGAUUCUACAUAUUUCUCUGCGUCUUGCGCAAAUGGGUAGUCUCCGUUAUCUUCCUUCCCGAUAUCUCAUCAACAUAUCGUAUGCCGCUGUCUUUGCGUUAAAGAGCAGUUACUCUGGCGCUGUAGAAGAAAAGGAUAUGCAUAGAAUCAGAGAAUUAGUCGACCAUGUGUGUACGGGAUUGGUGCUAUCCUGUCCUGAUAAGGACCAUCCGGCCGUUCGUUACGGACAAAUGUUGAGAAUGCUGGCUAAACGACUGGAAGAGCUCCAUGAUGCGAGUGCGGUUCCGUCUCGUUAUCCCUCGCCUGAGCCCGUCGAAACGACUUCCAACUCAAAUGCAUCCCCCCAAGCAAGCCAAGACCAACCAUCUGUUUUCCCUUGGCCAGCACCUCCCAACGCUUCGACCGAGCAUAGCGCCCCUACUCCAGCUUUUCAACUUCCCCCCUUCCCCGACAUGUCUUUUCUUACGAACAGCCAAGUUAAUCCCGAUUACCUGGGCGAAAAUAAUACGUCGAAUUCAGAGAAACAAGCAGCAAUGUUUGACUAUGAGGACACCAAAUUUGAUUUCGAUCUAAAGGGUUUCUGGGAUGACUUCUCGCUAGGCGAAGGAAGCGGUUUUCCGUUUAGAUGAUCACCUAACUGACAGGCUGUUGACUCGAGUGUAACCCAGUUAAUGCCUUUUUGACUUUGUAAAUAUAGAAUGACGUCUUGCAUGUACAUAUCUAUGCCAUCUCUUCUCG